AUGUUUAGACUAAGCUUAUGAGAGGUUAACGUUAGCGUGGGAGGACACUAUGGGGUGAAAAGCGGGAUUCGUUCGCGGUUUGUUAAGCAGGGAAAAAUGCCUGAAAGGCUAAACGCAGGACUAGGAAAUUCUCACUUAUUUUGCCUCGGGUAACUACUCUGCCAGUUAAAUCAGUGCCACACUCCACAGGACUGGUAAUUAGCCUCAUAAAAAUCAGAAACCCUGGUUUUGGGGAUAAAUUAACACGAGGUACACCUUCAAAAUUAAGGAACUGCAUCAACAAGAGUCAAAGAGAUCGCCUCUUCCUUAAUACUGAAGACUGACAGAUGAGUCCUCCUUAGCUGCACCUCUGGACUGCCAACAGCUUACCGACAUGACCUGUGAACCUCUGUAGCCAUGGCUUUGAAAGUGGACCUCACUGCAGAGCCAGAUCAACAGGAUAAGAUGCAGAGGGCUCCUGUACCCGGCUGAGACAGUAACUGAGGUCAGAGCGGAGACCGGGGCGUGGCAACAGUUGGCUGAAGGGUGAAUGGAGACAAGAAAAAAUACCACAGCAGGGGUUCUGUUCUGGACCCCUGCCCCCAACCGAGCUUCACCUGCCAGCUCUGUAAUAUCUGAGGACGUGUGGGAGGAUGAGGAUGGAGAACAGGCCGGGAGAGAGGAUGACUUCGUCAGCCAGAUGGAUGACAAUGGCAUCAUUGGACUUUCAGAGGCACUGGAGAUUGUGGAGCUGGAGCAAACUUGUGGUGAUGCAGGUACAGAAUGUAAUCCUACACCUGUUACCCCAGAGGAGGCAGAUCUUACUGGGGCCGAGAGGGACACACCACCUGAGGAGCAUAGUUACCAACUGAGUGAACAUCUAUCCCACACUCAGACACCAGGAGAGGAUGUACAAAUACUGUCACCCUGUGAUGGCAGGAUGAGUAGCUUAAGACAGACACAGAUAGAGGGUGAGGAGGUCAGGCACAGAAAGAUACAGCAGAAAAAAGAGCAUCUCUUAAAGAGGGACAAAUACCUGGACAUGACAGAAGAUGAGAAAGAUGGAAAGAAAGAAGGGAAGAAGAGUGAAAACAAGAGAAAGAAACAUGAUAAAUCUAGCACAUUAGGAGAGUUUGGAGCUAUGAAAAUGUCCAACCAUCACUGCCCAGUAUCCCAGUCUGCCUUGGCUGUCACAGCCCCUACUUUCCCUUACCCUCUCCACUUUACUGCUGAGGAAAUAGCUGCUGCUCCAGGGAUUGAAGCUGAAAUCUUUCCAGAGAUGGGCUCCAUGGAAAGUCUUCCAGAAUCACACAGCAGUCACAUACACCUAAAGUCCAGUCCUCGUUGUCCUCGAAAAUCUGAAACACAGGAGCUGAGGGGGCUUCAGACAGCAGCUGUCUCUUCUGAGCAAGUGAUGGCAAAUUGUAGUGGAGUUUGUAAUGGGCCUUUAAAGGGAUCAGUGAAGUCAGACAAGCAGAGGAAAAUGAGCCAGCCCUCUCCUGGAGCUACACAUUUGAGGAUUCACUCCCACAGCACUGUCAGGGCAGACUCCCUCACAUCCAGACAGAGUCCAGACAGAGAGCUGAGGACACCCAGAGCCAGGACUGCUGAAGUAAAUGAUUCCAGAAACGGGUCUCUGAGUUACCCCACACCAGACUUCUCUAAGGUGGAGCCCAGGGUCCGUUUCCCCAAAGAUGGUUACAAGCCCCCCAAGAGCAGACGCUCUUAUAAGAGGGAUUCCCUGUCCCCUGAGCCUCCGAUAGUGUUUAAGUCCCCUGCUGACAUUGUUAAAGAAGUCCUACUGAACACCACCGAUGGAUCUACUGUGCCAUCAGACUCUAAUAGACCACCAAUCAGUGCCCCCAACUCCAUCGUGCCUCAGGAGUUCAGAUGCCGCCAGCAGGCCACCACGCUGCUCGAACAGCUACAGGAGGACUACAACAGACUGCUGACUAAGUACGCUGAGGCAGAGAACACCAUUGAUCGUCUGCGUCUGGAAGCUAAGGUGAACCUGUACUCUGACCCUCCAAAGCCUGGCCGCUCGGUGCAGUCAGUACAGAGCCACAAUGCUUCAAGGUUCAUGACCCUGGACUUUCCUCAGGCUCAGAGAGCAGAGAUCAACUCUGCUUCUCUUCAUCCAAAUGGACACAGCGCUCAUCAGAGCCAUCAGGUGGGACAGCAGCUGGCUAAGAUUCUCUACAAUCAGGCUGACAAGUUCCUCCAGCAGCUGCAGACUUUUGAGGAUCUCCUAAAGAAAGAAAAACUCCAACCUUCUGAACAGAUGAAGGGUCUGUCACAGCUUGCUGAGGGGCUCAACUCUUUAGAAAGGGGCUACCUGUUGGCAAAGGAUGAGCACAAAGUCCUGCAGCAGCGAGGGGCAGAAAUCAGCCACUUUGACCCUGAACGGGAGCUGGAGGGGCUGAUUUAUCAGUGUGGUUUGCAUAUGGAUGAGCUGAAGGAGCGGGUGGAACAGAUGCGACAGGAACAGCCCACCUGUGAGACUCGUCCUUCUCCACCUCCUUCAACCCACCCCUUCAUCUGUUCCAGCCCACCUGUGCCUUUGCUGGUUGAUCCAGGAAGGGCAGUGGAGGUGGAGGUGAGCUCAGCCAGUGAAGAGAGGGAUGAAGAGGAGGCAGAGAUGGAUCAUGAGGACAGUCUGGAUUCUCUGUAUCUCAAACCUCUGAAUGGCAAACACAGACGUGUUGAACAAGACUUUGCCACAUUAAUGGAUCACUACCAAAGCUUCAAGGAACUUCCCAAAGUGUUUGACCACAGACUUAGGGAAGAAGCUCUCCUCUCUUUAGGAACUGACAUAGAGUCUGGGGAUGAGGAGACCGAGAGACAGGGUCAAAGAACUGGAAACAUAGAAGUCCAGAAAAGUCUUCCACAGAGGAAAGCCAAAUCAGACCAUCAGGAGUCUCUUGUUGGCAUCAGCAAACAGCGAACCAGCAGGUCCAGUCCACCUUUGUGCAGGGCCUCCAGUCAGUCCACCUCACUCCCCGUUCAUCCUCCCAUUAACCGCGGGAGCUUAGACAGGGGAAAGUCUCACAGUAGCAGCCUGAGCAGCCUGGGUGAGAUCACUGCAUCUGAGAGGAGGAACUCCAAACUCCAAACUGGGAGCCGAAGAGUACUUUCUCAGGAUGGGAUCAUCUCUCCAGAGACAGACAGUGGGUUUGUUGGUUCAGAGAGCAGCCGUCUGACUCCUGCAGCUCCUAGUCCUCUCCACCAGAGGGCAUCGCAGAGUGUUUCAGUCCAUCAGGAAGGUAACACAGGGAAACCUCAGACAGGCCAUGUCUCAGCACCAUCUCCUGCUUCCUCACUGUCACACAGUCACACAGCCACAGAGUCCAGAGGGGCCUCCAAGAUCAGCCCCGACCAGCCAGACAGAAGCAGACAGAAGCAGAGGAGACGCACCUUCUCCUGCUCUCCGCAGCGCUGGGUCAGUCAGACAGAACAAACCAGGGCCGACAGUGGAACCAGUGAGUUUGGGCUGGAGAGUGACAACACUCACACUGUGUCUGAGGACAGACAGAGUGACCAGUAUGCAGAAUCCAUUCAUUCCCUCCACAGUUCCCAUCUAAGCUCCUCCCCCACUGCACGGUAUCACCAUGACGAUUCCCUCAGAGCACUGGGCUCCAGACAGGUGGCAAAUCGCAAUGAUACAAUCCAGACACUGCAGGCUGAGGUCACCAGGCUGAGGGAGAGAAUAGAAAGCUGUCUGGGGAAUAAGAAAUCUCUCAGCGCCACGAGAGCCACUCCAUCAGCUCAGGAGCGCCACGCUCCCCACACCUCAACACCUCACGUCAGGCUUGAGGAGAGAUGUCAGAGUGAUGUCAGCAGGGGAGGAAGAGAAAGACAGAAAAACAGAACGACAUUGUCUUGUGCAGACAAACAAAACCCACGUGACCUCUUGACGGGUUCAGAGCUGGAGCCCCCUACACCUCAGUCCCAGCCUCAGGUGUCCAGAUUUACUCAAACAUCCACUGUACCACCUGACAGCUACUCUUCACACACACAUACUGUCCACAGAGCGAGGCAGCAUCCUGCCGGGUCUAUACAUGUGUCUAAAACAGAUGAACAUGACAGCAGAAAUCAUCAAGCUCCUGUUUGUCUCCACUGUUUCUCACAUCAGCGAUCUGAACGGCCAGCUGGUGGCAACAGAGAGCCGACCCAUUCCUCAUCUCGCUGUCGUCACUGUCCUCUCUGUGGACGCCCUGAAGCACACAGAGGCACUAAGCCAGACUCAGACUCCCCCACACACACAAGCUACCAACCAGCUGAGUCCCCUGACAGAGCAAUGAGGAGCAGAUUCACUGACGCUCCUCCUGCACUGCUGCAGUGCAUGCCAGUGUGCCCACCACCACUCCUGAUGUAUUCACCGCACCUCUAUGUGGCUCCUGGCAACAGCACUGGCACAUCGUCAGGGGUCAGAGGUCACGGGGAGGUGAGGGGGAGGAGGAGACGCUCCCUGUCUGCUGAUAAGCAGUACUCCUUGGACUCCUCUCUGAACAGAGCCAUCAGAGCAGCCAGACACAUGAAACACACCUCUAGACACAUGGCUCGCUCUCUGGCUACUGGACUGCAGUACCAGGAGCUGCUCACUCAGUCCUACUAGACUGAACUCACCUCACAGACAGCCUAGACUGAGCAGCAGUAACCCACCAGCCUCGGUUCAGCUGCAGAAUGAGGCUAUCGACAUCACCAGCAGUCCAAAGCACUGAAGACGGGACCAAAGUGAAUUAAAAAAAAAUCUAAAAUCCUCCUCAUUGUAACUUUUCUUUGGUUCCUACAUUUGGAGAAAAACUGUUACUGAAGCUUCUUUUGUUAUAUUUUUAAAUGUUACUUUAUGGCAACAUUUAGGGGGAUAGUUUGGAUUAUUUGAAGUGGGGUUUUAUGAGGUAUUUAGCCAUAGUCAGUUUAUUGUCCGCAGUAGAUUUGGAUCAGUGUUUUCCCACUUUAGAGAAGCGUGCAGGAGUACAGGUACAGAAGCUGAGCCAUGCACUGCUGUGGACGCUGCCUGGGGCAAAAACGUAGUCAAGCCUCAUACAAGCCCACAUCAAAUAAUCCAAACGAUCCCUUUUAGUCUCAGGUAGCCAAACAUGAAUAUGUUUCUUAAGUAGACAUAUUUAUUUCAAAAGAUGCGUUGGCAUACAUUGAAAUGACUUUUUGAAAUUAUAUAGUACUGUAGAUCAGUUUGGUUGAAAAUGUAAUGAUCAUAUUGAUUUUUAAACCCAUGAGGUAAAGACAUCAGUUUCUUUACUUAACCUGACAUGAUAAAUUACAGCUGUCUUGAUAUGGCAGUUGUCGUGAGUGAAUACUCAGUUAUUUUGAGCUAUUUAUUGAUCAUGUGAUUAUAUUUUUUAAUGAUAAUGUACAUGUAUGUCUGUGUAUUUCAGCUGUUUAUAUUUGUAGUCUCUGUCAAGUUUCCCAUGAGUGACAGUGUAGAGUAAUGUGGCAGGUGAAGUUCAUGUUGGGCAUACAUGCUGAUCAUGAAGAGGUGACAGGGAGAUGUCACAAAUUUUACCACUUGGACACUGGGCAGCCACACCAGAAAGCCAAGUCAGCCAUCAUAUCAUCAUACAGGUUCUGUUUACAAUGUGAAAGUAACUUGGUCUAAGUUGAAUUCUUGAUUAAAUGGGAACCUCCCCCAACAGUGAA